AUGGAUUCCGCGGAUAAGGCGGGCGCCCCGGAGCGGAGGGUAUCAACCAGGGCUUCGGCCCGGGUGUCAUUCGAUGAUGGCGACGAAGACUACGACCUUGCGGUGGCAGGCAUGGUUGCGGAUGGGUUUCGACCGACACACUCGAACGGCAGGACAGUCCCGUCGACGCCAUCUCUAACCUCGGCCUCUACAGCAACGCUCCAUGCCGAGGGAAGUCCCGCUUCAAUUUCGAGCAAUGGUCGCCCCUCGAGCACUGCCAAACCCCAGAUGCCCCAGUACAUACUGUCGAUACAGAACGGGCCGAAUACAUUGACCCGGUCAACAACGAACUCGACCAAUUCCACUGUCUAUCCCGCCGCCGAGAGUCCAUAUCAAGGCCCAUCUGGUCCGUCGCACCCAUAUCAGAUGUACCCUCAGAAUGUGAGGCUGGCAAGGACAUUAAGCAUGGCCACGUCGUCGACUGUGCCCUCAUCAGAAUCAUCAUACCGAGGAACGAGGGGACCAAGCCACCCUUACGGACUCUAUUCCCAGACUGGCGCUGUUGAUCCUGAUACAGUGACACCCGCCGCGAUUCCGCUCGGCUUCCGUGGUCUCGCUGAUCAGUACCAGCGUCGGAUAGGGCCUGAGGGUGAAGAUGUCGCCGACCUGAUCGGCCCGGACGGCCACACCGAGCAGCUACCUCCAUAUACCAGGUAUCCCGACGAGGCCUAUCUUCGCAAAGCGGCAGUAGUCGACAACUCCUCUGAUGUGGUGGGCAGAGGGGCCACCGUGGUACCUCCUGCCCUCACCAUUCCUUCAUCCACGGGCCCGAGCAUUCAAGGCGCCGGCGGGUUGGGGUUGGCUACCAGAAACCCAGAAUUCGAUUCCACAGACGACCUACGCUUCCCGCGGUCACGGCACUCGACGCGCAGUUUCACGUCGGAUGACAGCCAUCGCCGGUUCCGAUUGGACGACGAGGGGGUCUCAGAGAAGAGGGAGCCGCCAAAGAAAUGGCAGGCUUGGAUGCGGCGAAAAGCAUUCGGCAUAGUUCCGUACUGGGCGAUAUGCCUGACUGGGUUUGUCCUAUUGGUCAUGGCGAUAAUCUUGGGUGCUGUGGUGGGCACUUUUAUGAACAAGGAGAAGCGGCCACCACGGAGACAGGGCGCUUGGGAACCCAACUAUGGAGCGACUCCGAUCCCAACGCCACCGGACCUUCAACCAUUACCUACGGGGACCUUCGCCAUGCCGCUCAUGACUAAUAGCGUAUCCCAGACAUGCAUCCGGGAUUCCACCUUGUCGCAAGCUUGGAGCUGCAAUCUUGUCAUCUCGGGCUUGACUCUAACAGUCACUAAAGACAACGACGAUUACCGCGCGUCUGUGAACUGCAAUCACUCGUUUACCAUCAUGAACCACGUGUAUGCAUACGGAGAGCAACCUCCACUGAUCCAAGAGCCCGUCACGCUUGAUCUGGUGGGCGACAAGUUUGAGCCCGGCCGCGGUCCCGCCUGGUUCAAGUUGCUGCCCUUUAACAAGACGGUCAUUUUACCAGAAAGUAUGUUCGGUUCUCCGAGCGCCGCCGACGCUCAAAACAGAGCUCGCCAUGUCGCCACCUCGAUUAGCGGUGGAGUCUCCAACUUCAAGCGGAAAGGGAUCGCACAGCGCGGUGACAAGCCCUGGGUCUGCAGCUGGCCGAAUACGCAUCUCGUAUUAUUCAUCUACGCCCAGCAGAACUCGAGCUUCACAAAUUGGAGCAAGACGAUGUCCGCGUCGGUAUCCUCGCCUUCGACCCUGUCCACGUCGUUAACCUCGUCUUCGACCCUAUCCAAAUUGUCAACAACCACAGCAUCCUCCUCACCCCCACCAACGCCCAUCGACCUGUCCGAGGCAUUCACCGCCAACGAAUUCCCAUCCUCAAGCAGACGUUGGAACGACGGCGGCGGGGACGGCCACUUCCCCCAGAUGCUAGCCGACUCCGCCGAAUACACGACCCCUUCCCCUCCUCCUCCAACACAGAGCAGGACCAUCACCAGCUCUCCCCGGCUAUCCACAACCGAGUUUACCUCCGACACCUCCUCCACGACGACGACUCCCACAGGCCCCUUCGGUCCUGUCGACACAGGCGACGGCUUCCCGCCGCUGCCGCAGGCCUAUCCGCGCGUCGUCAAGCUCGAGGAGCACCGCGUUUCGACAUCGGGUGCGCCGCGCGCGCAGUGCACGCAGGUUGAGAUCCAGGGACCUGGGGAAGAGGCGCGGCCUGUGCGGGAUGAACAGGGCAGGUUGGUAGUUAUUGACAUUGAGGAGGUGGACCGGUUUAUGAGUGGUAGUGGGCAGCCGAUCGCCACGGCUACGGCUACGGCGGAUGUGGAACGGGUGAGAAGAGGCGGUGAUGGGUAUGGAUAUGGAGCUGCCGCCGGUGUUUUUGGGAGGGGAGGUGGUGGCGAUGGUAAGGGGCCGCCUGGGAAUUUUCCGGAUAUCAGUCCGUGUGGGUGUAUGUGGUUCUUGACGUGA